UGAUGAGUGGUAUAUCUGUGUCUUUCAUAAUAUAUGAUGUCAAAACACAUGAUAUUUGUUUGUAAAUAAAUAUUGCUUUGUCAUAUUUGUACUAGCGUACUAGUGUGAUUAGGACCGAAGUUCAUAUGUAAUAGAACAGUCUGGUAGAAUGCAUCUCCGCAGAAAACUGACUUUAAUACUUUCAUGUUAUUUGCUUUUCGCAACAGUUUCGGCUUAUAAGCCGUUAAUUAUCAUGCAUGGAAUAUUAACCGGAAGGAAAAGUAUGGUUUCAAUGGCUGAGCACAUACAAGAGGCUCACCCUGGAACAGAGAUAACAAUCAUUAACAAAUAUGCUGCCUGGGAAAGUUUGGCUCCAAUGUGGCACCAAGUUGUUGAUGUAGGAAGAGAAAUAAUGAAGAUAUCAGCAGCUCACCCAGAUGGCAUUAAUCUUAUCGGUUACUCCCAGGGUGGAUUAAUAGCUAGAGCAAUUUUGCAGCAGUUUCCAAAUCAUAAUGUGAAAACAUUUAUAUCUCUCAGUUCCCCACAGGCAGGGCAGUAUGGCACGCAGUUUCUUCAUCUGUUCUUCCCGAACCUUGUGCGUGAGACAGCCUAUGAACUCUUCUAUUCAUCACUGGGGCAGCACACCUCUGUUGGCAAUUAUUGGAAUGAUCCCUACCACAAGGAGCUAUACUACAACUAUAGCAAAUUCUUGCCGUAUAUUAAUAAUGAGUUGGAAUCACCAUAUAGCUCACAGUAUAAGUAUGGUCUCACAAAAUUAGACAAUCUUGUACUUAUUGGUGGUCCUGAUGAUGGUGUCAUUACACCUUGGGAGUCUAGUCACUUUGGGUAUUAUGGUGAAAAUGGAAGUGUGAUAGAUAUGAGGAAACAACCUGCAUAUGUUAAUGAUACACUUGGUUUACAAACACUUGAUUUAAAAGGAAAACUAUUACUGAUUAAAAUUCAUGGUGUUAGCCAUCUUCAAUGGCACAGGAAUGCAACUGUUAUUGAUAAAUUUUUGCUGCCGUUUUUAGACUGAAAUGAGUUUUAGAAUAAUUGUUUUUCUUGAAAUGAACAUUUAAUUCUAAAUAAAUAGUGAUUUAUUAUACAAGGAAUU